AUGGUCCAGGUGAUGAAGAAGACGAAGGUCAAGGCUGCGGCGAAGGCCCCCGCUGUCCGCGGGAAGCCCAAGGCGGGGGCCACGGUGAUCAAGAAGCCCGCCAGCGCGGGUGAUGGAGCGACGUGGUCCUGCGAGCAGCUCGCGUCUGCGGCCGCGGCCUGCGCGUCCAUCGAGGAGAAGCAGGACCUCUUCAAGGCCCACGCCGACGUCAGCGACCCCGCGCACCUCAAGUGCAUCUUUACGGACAAGGAGAUCAGGGCGCUGCAUGGACGGUUCGAGACCGCCAGGAAGAAGAAGCCCAAGGCUGCGGCGGCCUACGAGGAGGCGUCGACGGCGUCGACUGGCAAGCAGCUCUCCAAGCAGAAGCUGCUCAUGGGCUUCCUCGUGGACCCGCAGCUGGGCGACACGUUCAUGGAGAUCACGCAGAGGCUGAGCUUCAGCGAGACGAUCACCAGGACGGCGAAGUGGUGCACUAGGAAGCGGGCCUUGGAGGUGUACUCGGACUCGGAGCUGGACGAGAUGGUUGCGAACGACAAGAUCGAG